CGCACUGAAAACGAAACUAGCACGGCGAGCAGCAAACGCACACGACUGUCAAAGAACGGUGAAGGUGGAAAACUUUUCUGAUGCAACAUCAUCAAAUUGGAGUUUUCUGCUAGAAAAAGUGCUUUUUGGUGCAAAAUCCCGGUGUAUUUUCGUGCAAUCUAGUGAAAAGUAUAUUCCACAAUCAUGUCUGAAGACGAUGCGAUUUUCGAUCCUUCGUUGAUGAAGAAAAAGAAGAAGAAGAAGACCCCCUUCGAUUUGGACGGUGGAAUGGCCACGGAGGAAGGCGGAGAUACAGAGGCCCCGGCCGGUGAAUCGGCGGCGGCCAGUGAAGGUGCGUCGGCGGCCGAUGCUGGAAAUGACCUGGAGGAUAAUUUGGAUCUGGACACAUUCGGUGGCAAGAAGAAAAAGAAAAAGAAGAAGCCCUUCAAUCUGGAUGACAUCGAUAGUGCCCUGGCGGGAGUGGACGCGGAAGGAGAGAAGGAAUCCAAGGGCGGAGACGAUGGCGAGGGUGGUGGUUUUGGGGGAGACGAUGGGCUGGACGAUGACAUGAAGAUCGAUUUCAGCAUGAAGAAGAAAAAGAAGAAGAAGAAGGAUCUGACCGAGCUGAUGGAGGCGGAAGAUGCCGCCAGGGAGGAGGAAAAGGAGAAUGGCCUUACGGAUAAUGACGGAAUCGUAACGGAAUUGGUGGACGAGCAAUGCACCCCAUGGGCAGCCACGGAUCGUGACUACACUUAUGACGAACUGUUGCAGCGUGUGUUUGAAAUCAUUCUGGACAAAAACCCGGAUAUGGCCGCUGGCAGGAAACCGAAGUUCGUCAUGCGUCCGCCGCAGGUUCUGCGUGUCGGUACCAAGAAGACGUCCUUCGCCAACUUUACGGAAAUCUGCAAAACCCUCCACAGACAGCCGAAGCAUUUGCUGGACUUUUUACUGGCGGAAUUGGGUACGAGUGGUUCGGUGGACGGUAACUCGCAGCUGAUCAUCAAGGGUCGCUUCCAGCCGAAACAGAUCGAGAACGUGCUUCGACGGUAUAUCAAGGAGUACGUGACGUGUCACACCUGCCGCUCGCCAGAAACCAUCCUCCAGAAGGACACCCGUCUGUUCUUCCUGCAGUGCGAAUCGUGCGGGUCGCGAUGCUCGGUGGCUAGUAUUAAGUCCGGUUUCCAGGCCGUUACCAGCAAACGUGCAGCGAUCCGUGCCAAAACGGCUUAAGCGCGCUGCUUGUGGUCAUCAAAAAAUUGUGUUCUAUUGUAUGCAAAAAUUGUUUGUUUUGUUUCCUUCAGCUAUUAUUCCGUGUUGCGUGGGAAAUUUGUUCCAGAAGUGGAAAGUUCUGCGGUGAAAAAUACUGUGUUUAUAAAUCCAUAAAACAGAAUAUACAAACACAUAGCAAGCAUAAUCUAUUAGACACAAGUUUGUAUGUUUAAUCAUAAUCUUUAUUCGAGUAGAAUCACCUUUUUACAAAACCUUCAACUGACUCAAUAAAACUGCACUUAUCUUGUAUAAUUGUAAA